CACAGGUGGCUCCUUCAUCAAUCACGGCCGGGGAGGCGCAGCCCCCAGGCAGUGUACCUGGGAUGGCAGCUGGAGCCAGCGCGGCCGCAGGUGACGGGGGCAGAGCUCGCUGCUGCCGGAGCCGGGGCGCCGUGCUGCUGCUCUUCUUCUCGCUGUCGCCGCGGCCGCCAGCCGGGGCCGCCUGGCUGCUGGGGCUGCGGCCCGAGGACACGACGCCGGGCCGGGUGUCUCUGGAGGGCGGCGCGGUGCAGGCGGCGGAGGGCAGCCGCUUCCUCCUGCGCCUCUACUUCCAGCCGCCGCCCGAGGGCAACGGCAGCCGCGGGCCGGCGGGGGAGCGGGAGCCGCGGCUGGUCUUCAUCGAAGAGGCGGCGGCGGGGAGCACGGCGACGCGGGGCCCGGCGGAGCGGUGCCGGGAGCGCAGCGCCUGGGCCUCGGACGUGGAGGUGGUGGGGCCGCUGCGCUCGGGCGGCGCGGCGGGCUCGGCGCUGGCCGAGGUGCGGGUGCGGGAGCCGCGCAAGGGCGAGGCGGCGGCGGCGCCGGGCGGGCGGCUCUUCUCGCUGUGCGCCUGGGACGGGCGGGCCUGGGCGCACCACGGUGCGGCUGGCGGCUUCUUGCUGCGGGUGCGGCCGGCCGCCCCGCCGCUGGGCACUUGGCUGCUGCCGCUGCCCGAAGCGGGCUGGCUGCGGGCGCUGGGCGCCCUGCUGCUGCUGGGGCUGUCGGCGCUGUUCAGCGGGCUGCGCCUCUCGCUGCUCUCGCUGGACCCGCUGGAGCUCCGCGUCCUGCGCAACAGCGGCUCGGCCGCCGAGCGGGAGCAGGCGCGGCGGGUGCAGGCGGUGCGCGGCGGCGGCGGCACUUACUUGCUGUGCACGCUUCUGCUGGGGCAGGCGGGGGCCAACGCGGCGCUGGCCGGCUGGCUCUGCGCCUCGCUGCCCGGCGGCGGGCCGGCGGCGGCGGCCGGCGGGCCACGGGGAGCGCCCUGGCUGCCCGUGCUGCUGUGCACCGCCGCCGUCUUCCUGGGUGGCGAGGUGCUGCCCUAUUCGGUGUGCUCGCGGCACGGGCUGGCCAUCGCCUCCCGCACGCUCUGCCUCACCCGGCUGCUGAUGCUGGCCGCCUUUCCCCUCUGCUACCCGCUCAGCCGGUUGCUGGACUGGGCGCUGCGGCAGGAGCUCAGCGUCUUCUCAACGCGGGAGCGGCUGCUGGAGACGCUGCGCGCCGCUGGCCCCCACGGCGACCUGGUGCGGGAGGAGCUGGCCAUGGUGCAGGGCGCGCUGGAGCUACGCACCAAGGUGGUGGAGGAUGUGCUGACACCGCUGGCCGACUGCUUCAUGCUCCGGGCCGAUGCUGUGCUGGACUUCGCCACCGUCUCUGAGAUCCUCCGAUCUGGCUACACCCGCAUUCCAGUCUAUGAGGGUGACCGGCGCGACAACAUUGUCGACCUGCUCUUUGUCAAAGACCUGGCCUUUGUCGACCCUGAUGACUGCACUCCCCUGCAGACUGUUACCCGCUUCUACCGCCGCCCGCUCCACUGCGUCUUCAAUGACACGCGCCUCGACACGCUGCUUGAGGAGUUCAAGAAGGGAAAGUCCCACCUGGCCAUCGUGCAGCGGGUGAACAAUGAAGGGGAAGGAGACCCGUUCUACGAGGUGAUGGGCAUUGUCACCCUGGAAGAUGUCAUUGAGGAGAUCAUCAAGUCCGAGAUCCUGGAUGAGACAGAUCUGUACACUGACAAUCGGAAGAAGGAGCGGGUUCCCCACCGGGGACGCAAGCCCCAGGAUUUCUCCAUCUUCAGGCUCUCAGAGAGUGAGAUGAAGGUGAAGAUCUCCCCGCAGCUCCUCCUGGCCACCCAUCGGUUCAUGGCAACAGAAGUGGAGCCUUUUAAGUCCCCCUACCUCUCUGAGAAGAUCCUGCUGCGGCUCCUGAAACACCCCAAUGUCAUCCAGGAGCUCAAGUACGACCGAAAGAACAAGAAGGCAGCGGAGCAUUACCUCUACCAGCGCAACCGCCCUGUCGACUACUUCGUCCUCAUCCUGCAGGGGAAGGUGCAGGUGGAGGUCGGCAAGGAAGGACUGCGGUUUGAGAAUGGGGCGUUCACCUACUAUGGUGUCCCUGCCAUCAUGGCUGUUGUCUCCUCAGAAAACGAUGUGCGAAAAAUGGGAAGCCUGGCAGGAUCCUCCUUCCUACUGAACAGGUCACCGUCGCGCUGCAGCGGCCUCAACCGCUCCGAGUCCCCCAACCGGGAGGACUAUGGAGGCAGCAGCACGCAGCUCCACAGCAGCAGCAACAACAUCUACAUGCCCGACUACUCCGUGCACAUCCUCUGCGACGUGCAGUUCGUCAAGGUGACCCGGCAGCAGUACCACAAUGCGCUGGUGGCCAGCCGCAUGGACAGCUCGCCUCAGUCCCCUGACAUGGAGGCCUUCGACAGGGAUUCAACCAAGGCCUCGACUGCACGGGGAACCCCACAGACACCCAAGGAGGACCCUGCCACCCUCCUGAAUGAGAGGAACAGCAUCAUGUGCAGCCGUGCGGAGGGGCUGCGCAGUCCCAGCGAGUCAGUGUUCCUGCGCAUGGAGGGCAUCCCCUUCAUCCAGGAGGAGCUGGCUGACAACGAGGAGAACAGCAAGCGGCAGAACAGUGAGUGCUGCGGGACCGUCCUGGAAGCAGAGUCCCCAGGUCGAGAGGCUGGGACCAGCUCAUCGCCGAGCAGCUCUGAGGAGGCGCUGGGCAAGAGGCUGCUGAGAUCCCUCAGUGGGCGCAAGCAGCAGGCGUCGUCAGAAAGUGAGAAGUCACCAGAGGAAAGCUCCAAUCUCGCCCCAUUAAUCACCUGAGCAGCAGCGUGGCCAGAGCACAGUGCUGGAGGCCCAUGCAGACUGGAGGUCUGCAGCAUGGGGGUCUCCUGCCGUGAGGCUCACGUCCAAUAGCAGGAGGUCUGCACUCGCUCGCUGCCUGUCCGCCCGCUCGUGCCGCCCCUCCCUGCAGGAUUUGUGCAGAGCCCCAUCCCCAGGCGAGAAAGGAUGGACCCCCGGCAGGGCUGAACCACGCAGGCAGCCUGGACCAGCUAGCUGGAGUCUGAGGGCCCUUGCCCUUGCGAGCCGCUCCCUGGUAGCAUCUGAUCUCAAGGAAGAGGUGGAAAAAGGAAAGGUGAAAAAGUGUCUGUCACGGCAUCCCUGCAAGCAGUGCAGGGAGGGGCAGCCCAACCCAGAACUGCCCUUUAACAUCAUUUACCAUCCCCAUCCCAGCGAGGCCAGGAGCCCUGCAGUGCCGGUGCUGCAAGAUGUGGUCUCCAGCACGAGGAGAAUGUGCUAUUUGGGGGGUGCCACGCGCAGCUCAGGGCCCCAGCACAUGUUUGUGCCGUGCCUGGUGACACGCCCACUUGCAGCGCCUCGCUCACGCUGACCAUGGACACAGCCCAGCCCUCCCAAAGCCCUGCCAGGCUCAGGGCAAGGAGCCCAGCUCACCCCCAGUGCAGCCCCCUCGCUGGGGAGGGGGCUCUCCAUGCUGCAUUGGACCAUCCUCCUCUCCACACACGCCUGCCGCUGUGAGGGAGGCUCGCACCCAGACGUCGGGGUGGGACAGACCAGUCAGUAGUUUUUGUAGAGGCUCAACGCAACAGGGAUAUCAACAUUAAAAGUGAUUUUUCCCUGA